CUUUCUUGAUCCCCAGAAGAGAAAUUGAGGUGUUGGAGCAUCACAAGACAGAAAUAAGUACAGCUCAAAUGAAAGGGCAAAAUGAAGCACGGCCGUGUUACAGAAAUUCCGGAGGAUUUCUGGAUCCCCAUCCCUCUGGAUACGGACAACAUCACAUCUCUCAGCCCCUUCCUGGUCCCCCAGGACCAUCUAGCAAGCUCCUGCACCUACCAUGUAAUGGCCCUGUUCAUGUUUUUUAUAUUUACUGUGGGCUCCUUCAUCAAUGUGCUUACAAUCGCAUGCACCAUCCAACACAAGAAGCUCUGGUCCCACCUCAACUACAUCCUGGUGAACUUGGCCGUGUCAAACUUUCUUGUGUCCUGUGUGGGCCCCUUCACUGCAUGCUGCUCCUUUGCAUUCAAAUAUUUUAUCAUGGGACCACUAGCAUGCAGGAUUGAAGGUUUUAUUGCAACGCUUGGUGGUAUGGUAAGCUUGUGGUCUCUUGCUGUGAUAGCGUUUGAAAGAUGGCUGGUCAUCUGCAAGCCACUUGGUAACUUUAUUUUCAAGCCCGACCAUGCUAUAGCUUGCUGCGCAUUCACCUGGGUGUUUGCCCUGUGUGCUGCAGUUCCUCCACUGUGCGGAUGGAGCAGGUAUAUCCCGGAAGGCCUGCAGUGCUCCUGUGGUCCAGACUGGUACACCACAAACAACAAAUACAACAAUGAAUCCUACGUGAUGUUUCUCUUCGGCUUCUGCUUCGCUGUUCCCUUCUCCACCAUUGUCUUCUGCUACGGUCAGCUGCUCAUUAUGCUGAAAAUGGCAGCGAAGGCCCAAGCAGAAUCUGCCUCCACACAGAAGGCAGAGCGGGAGGUGACCAGGAUGGUGGUCGUCAUGGUGCUGGGCUUCCUGGUGUGCUGGUUGCCCUACGCCAGCUAUGCUCUUUGGGUUGUGAAUAACCGCGGGCAAACAUUUGACCUGAGAUUUGCUUCUGUACCGUCCGUCUUUUCCAAGUCCUCUGCAGUGUACAACUGCGUCAUUUAUAUUGUCCUCAACAAACAGUUCCGUUCAUGCAUGAUGAAGAUGCUGGGGAUGGGUGGAGGUGAGGAUGAUGAGUCGUCGACGACGUCGUCAGUGACCGAAGUCUCCAAAGUUGGGCCUGCUUAGACUGAACAUCGCGACUGUUGACUUGUCUGCCACACAUGACUGUGAAUUGUAAAUAACAGUAAAUGUACGUGCGUU